AUGGCAGAAAUCAAAAUUAGUAAUAAAACCAAAGAUAGAGUCAAUGCUUGCAAAGCCUAUAUAGAAAGAAAAUAUAAAGUGUUUAUGGAUGAAGAGAAGGAAAAGAUAUAAGAUUGGCUAUAAUUGGAGUUAAUUCUUAAAAGCUUAAAUUUUACUCCUAUAGAAUAAGAGUUGAUAAAAAAGGAAAUACAACGUAAAGAAGCAAUGAUAUUAAGAAAGAAGUUAAUAUGAUUUAAUCUUUAGGAGAUAAAAGAUUACGGUUGAAGAUUUUGAAUCCCUUGCCAUUAUUGGUAGAGGUGCUUUUGGAGAAGUAAGAGUAUGUAGACAUAAGAGUACAAACGAAUUUGUUGCAAUAAAAAAAAUUAAGAAAUCUGAAAUGAUCUUUAAAAAUCAAUUAGGACAUAUAAGAGCAGAAAGAGAUUUAUUAGUAUAAUCUAAAUGUAAAUGGAUUGUUGAAUUAAAAUCUUCCUUUUAAGAUGAUGAUAAUCUUUAUUUGGUUAUGGAAUUUUUAAGUGGAGGAGAUUUAAUGACUUUAUUGAUUAAAAAAGAUAUAAUCCCAGAAAGACAUGCAAAAUUUUAUAUAGCUGAACUUGUAUUAGCAGUUGAAGAAAUUCAUAGUAUGAAUUAUAUACAUAGAGAUCUUAAACCUGAUAAUAUUCUUAUUGAUGCAAAUGGUCAUCUUAAAAUUUCUGAUUUUGGUCUCUGUAAACAUUUAGGUGUACAUUAUGAUAUGUCUAUCCCAUAUAAAAAUAAUGUUCAAGAAAUAUAAUCUAAAAAUAAUAAUUCACGUCGUUAAUUAGCAUAUUCUACAGUAGGCACUCCUGAUUAUAUAGCUCCAGACAUAUUCUCAUAAAAAGGAUAUAAUUAAUUAGUUGAUUGGUGGAGUGUUGGAGUUAUUUUAUUUGAAAUGGUCAUAGGUUAUACACCAUUUUAUAGUGAUACAUCAUAAAAAACGUGUAAAAAAAUAAUAUCUUGGAAACAACAUUUUCGAAUACCCAAAGAACCUAAAAUAUCUUCUUAAUGUUAAGAUUUAAUUCUUAAAUUUAUCUGUGAUCCUAAUGAACGAUUAGGAGAUCCAAAUAAAAUAAAAAAACAUCCUUUUUUUUCUGGUAUUGAUUGGAUUAAUAUCAGAAAUCAAUAACCUCCAUAUAUACCUGAUAAAAAGAAAUUAACAUCUAAUUUUGAUAAAUUUGAAGAAAAAGAACCAUGGAAAAAUGUUGUUCAUAAUAUUUAAAAUGAUAUAGAUUAAGAUAAAAAUAAAUUAAUUAAUGAAAAUAAAAAAUAUUUUCAUGGAUAUACUUAUAAAAGAAAUUGUGAUAUAGAAAUAAGUCCUAUUAAAAGAGCUCUAGAAGAAUUAGAAAAUAUUAGACCUUCAGGUAUCAAAGCUGAAUUCGAUAAAAAGUAAAGAUCUUAGUCUCCAAAACCUGUGAAUGUACCACCAGAAAUUAAUACAUCUUAAAGAUCUCAGUCUCCAACUAUUAAAGAUUAAAUUAAAAAUACAUAUAUGCAAUAUAUUGGAUAAUUCUUAUCACCUGUAAAUAAAUAGAAAUAAAACAAACAAAAUUGA